AUGUCGUCGUUGGUGUCUUGCGCCCUCGCGGUGCUCGCCAUUGCCGGCCAGGCCGCGGGUCGGAGCUACGCGCUGUCUAAGACGUAUGACGCUUCUAAUUUCUUUGACGAGUUUGACUUUCAGACGACCGGCACCAUCACGGACCAACCCGACGACAACUGGUCCUGGGUGACAUACCAGACCAAGACCAACGCCAUCAACAAAGGGCUUGCGGCUGUCAAGAACGGCGAGGUCUAUCUCGGCGUCGACUACACCAACCAGCUGCCUGCGCAGGUCAAAGGCCCGGGACGGCCCACGCUGCGCGUCCAGUCCAAGAGCGCGUUCAAGCACGGCCUGGUCAUCACACGGUUCAGCCACAUGCCGCAGCCUGUCUGCGGUGCCUGGUCCGGGUACUGGACCGUUGGCACCGGCGAAUGGCCCACGGCCGGCGAGAUUGAUCUAUACGAGGGCUGGCAUCUCGCGCCGGCGAACAAGGUGGCCCUGCACGUCGGCCCCAGCAGCGCCAUCGGCAAGUGCGUCCUGGACCAGUCUUCCCAGACAGCCCAGGUCCUGACCGGCAACUGCGACAACUCGUUCCAAGACGGCGUGCAUCAAUUUUUAAACCAGGGCUGCCAGUCGGAGGAGAUUCAGAAUGGAAUCUGGGGCUCGUCCCAGGGCGGCAUCCAGGCCCUCGAAUGGACCAGCGACUUCAUCAAGGUGUACACUUGGCCGAUCGGCGCGGCGCCCAGCAACAUCGGCGCCGACAAGCCCGACACGUCGUCGUGGGGGACGCCCUCGGUGCAGCUCAAGAAGCCCAGCUGCGACACGGAGACGGCCUUUUCCGACCAGAAGCUGCUCUUCACCCUCCCGUUUUGCGGCAAUCCCCCCGGCAACCCCCAGUUCUGGUCCGCCCUGGCCGCGGACGGCAAGAGCGGGCCGACCUGCGAGACCGUGACCGGCGCGCCGACCUGCAUCGACUACGUGGCCGAGAACCCGCAGGCGUUUAAGAACUUCUUCUUCCAGAUCAAGGAUAUCCGCAUCUUUACCGAGGUGGUCCAGGACCAGCUCUCGCUCGACAGCAGCAGCCCGCUCUUCACAUUCACGUACGCCGCCAGCCGGCCCGCCAGCGACAACUGGAUCGGCAUCUGGCCCGUCGCCGAUGCGCAGGCGCCACAGUCCGGCAGCACCGCGUGGGCGUACGCCGACAAGAGCGCGGGCUCGCUGCAGAUCAAGCCGCCCAGCACCAUGAAAGCCGGCACGUACAAGGCGUACCUGCUCUCCGCGGACCGCACCAUUCUCGGCACCGUCGCCAGCAUCGACUACGACGGCGGCACUGCCUCCGCCGCGGCGUUUACCCUCAACACGCACUACAGCACCGGGUGCGCCGGCAGCGCGAACAACCAGGUCAGCGUGCCGCGCGGCAACGGCAUGUGCGUCAACACAAACUGCGGCGUCGGCAGCCUGGAGAUCCCGUCCGCCGGCAGCUGCCCGAGCGGCCGGGUGCGCCUGAGCUACUGGCAGGACGCGGACUGCGCGGGCGACUGGUACGGGUACGGAUACGGCAGCCGGGGCACGUGCCGGGGGCUGUGGUCCAACGGGUGGAACUUCCGGUCGCUGUGGGUGUCGUGCGCGGAGCCGGGGGCGCAGGACUGCGUGGAGCAGGGCACACGCGGUACCGCGCCGACUGCACGGGCGGUGCACAACGACGUGGUGGUCGGCGGCGGUAGUUGCAUCGACACGGGCUGCGCGGUCGGCAGCCUGGAUAUCGCCGCCGCCGGCAGCUGUCCGGACGGCGAGGUCCGCAUCAGCUACUGGGAACAGCCCGGCUGCGCGGGCAAGUGGUUCGGCUACGGCUACGCGAGCAGGAAUACGUGCCGCUCGCUCUGGUCCGGCGGCUGGAGCUUCAAGUCGCUGUAUGUUAGCUGCGCAAAGCGCAGCGAUGACUGUGUAAGUCGGGGCACUUGCACGAUGGACCAGGUGCCCAGUUACCCCAUUUGCUGA